AUGGCGAAAGAAGUUCUUCCGGUAGCUUCUCUAGAAGAAGGUUCUUCCGGUAGAAGAAAAGUUCUUUCGAAGAAGCUACCGAAAGAACCUCUUCCGAUCAUGGUUAGAACACGAGGUUUAGGUCAUGCUUUAGCUAGGGUUAUAGGAAGAGGUAGACAGGAUGAGCAUGAUGUAGUCGAUGUUCCCCAGAGGCGUAGGCCUACUGCAUCAGCCCGUAGGCGACGAGUACAUAUUACGGUUGAUGAGGGUGUUCCUCAGGUGAUUGGGGAUGUUUCUCAUAUGGUGGAGGAUGUUCCUCAGGUGACUGAGGAUGUCUCUCAUAUGGCUGACGAUGUUGCUCAGAGGAGUGAAGAUGUGCCUCAGAUGACCACGGACGUAGAUGCGACUGUUGCAGAGGACUUAGGUCGUGAUGGUGCUGAGGUGUCACAUGCUGAUGAGGGAUUCCCUGGUGGGCCCCGUGACCCAUCAGUUCUGACUUCAUUUGCAGAGCAUGUCGCACAUGCCAUUUGGACUGGACAUGAGCGUCCUGAGCUGAAGUUGGUGUCACAUGGGAGGAAGGUGGCGUUAAUUGGGAGGCCAGUGCCUGCGAUUGAAGAGCUGGUUGUCGCCACAGGAUUAAGUCCAUUGAUCGAUGACGCCUUCCAUAGCUUCGAGGCUCUUUCCGUGGAUGAGGCGGUAUUUUUGUUGAUGGAGUUGCUCGAGGUGUCUGGUGAGGAGGCUAGAGCCGAGACAGUACGAGCGCACGGGGCAUAUGUACGCCUCUCAUGGGUUUGGGAGAUAUAUGAGAUGAGAUGCCAGGCACGACGAUGGAUUGUAGCAGCUCGUGCUUAUCUCCUGCACCUGGUCGGUUGCACUCUUUUUUCUAACAAGAGUGCAACAAAUGUUCAUGUGGUGCAUCUAGAGACUUUUCGCGACAUGGGUCAGAGUAGGGGCUAUGCCUGGGGAGCUGCGGCCCUGGUUCAUAUGUAUGACCAGUUAGAUGAAGCUUCUAAGACCACGACACAGCAGAUUGGGGGGUACCUUACUUUAUUACAGUACUGGAUCUAUGAGCAUUUUCCGAGUGUGCAUCAGUGUGUCACCGAUGAUGCGUAUGAGGAGAUGUCCCCUUGUGCCUCCCGGUGGCUGACGAUGAAGGCUCAUAUGAAGGGAAUUACAGGAGCUUCGUACCGGGCACGUUGUGAUGCUUUGACGGGUCAGCUGAGAUGGGGUCCUAUGGUGGUCACAAUUCGAUCGGAGAGGGUGCUACGCCAGCUUGGGUACAUUCUGAGCAUCCCUCCGCCGCCUGUUAGCGCUUCGUUGUCAUAUGAUGAUAUAGAUGACAGGUGGAUGCAUUUCUCAGACCACGUAGUAGCUGUGGGUGACCUUUGUGUAGUGCCCGGGCAGGCAAGUGACCAGCCCAGACAUGCACCUGCCCCAGACCAUGAGGACUACAUGCAGCCGGACAUCCCACAGGUUCCAGUGGCAUUUGACCCCCCUCAACAUGCAGUGGAUGAUUACGAAGGCUAUGAGGCGAUCGCAGAAAGUUUGGAGCGUGUGCUCAACCUUAGGAUGGUCACUGCAGGGACAAAGUUACAUGAUAUCAUGCAAGAUUGCCUAAGGAUCGUCAGGGGGGGUGCUAGCACAGAUGGAAGUGUUAGGGCUCGACAAAGACGGCACACAGAGCUUUGA